AUGGAUUACAUUGAUUUAAAAAAAUUAAGUGAAAUGCUGGAACCACCAACCGCAAAUUCUUCGGAUAGUGAAGAUGAUCUUCCAAAAUCAUCUUUAGUGCAACUGUGUAGGUCAAAAACAGGAAAAGACACAACAAUCUUGACAACUGAAUCUAUAAAAAAAACUGAAGAAAAAAUCCAAAAAAAAAUCGAGGUAUUACAGUCGGAAGAAGAGAAAGCUAAGAACAUAUGGCAAGAUGAAGAGAUCGUUGCUGCUCCAGAAGCUAUUGACGUUGUAUCAGACACUAGAAUUAGACCUGAAUAUGAUGUAAAAUAUCAACAAUUCGUGGGAACAGAAGAUGCGUUUCUACAAAUGGGUCCAAAGACUCCACUGACUUCCAGUUGUGAAGCGAUGGUGAUUGAAGUGAAAAUGCCAGGAGACCGUAUGCCAGGCAUUUGUACAGAUAUAACAGAAGACGCUGUUGAUAUCCGUAGUCCUAAGUAUAGAUUGCACGUGCCUUUUCCACAUAAUGUGCACAAACAAAUGUCGAAGGCUUCGUGGAAUUCCUCGACCAAUACUCUUACAAUAACUGUAUUCCUAAAACGUGAAUACGAUGAUAUCAAUUUCUGA